AUGCCGCCGAUGUCGUGGCGGAGGUUGAAAAAUCCCGAGUAUGCAGAGUACCUUGCGUUGUCUGAGGUUUACCAGGGUGAUAACCUUAAGAAGCUCACAAUUGGCAUUGGGGCGUAUUUUUUCUUGCAGAAGAGCCCGGAUAAGCAAGGAGGAUGGUUGGGCGAGGAGGAGAGGAGGUUCUUGGUGUUGAGGAACAGGUACACCUACGGUAGCGACAAGAGUGGUAACUCGGACAAGCUCCAGAAGAAGGAUGUCAUCGCAGCGCUCAAGUCUAUUCACGUCUGGGCCAUGUCCAUUGCCUAUCUCGCCGUCGGUGUCGCUGUCUACGGUCUCUCGUUCACCCUCCCUACUAUCAUGAACAACAUGGGUUUCACCGCUGCUACUUCUCAAGCGAUGUCAACCCCUCCUUACGUUUUUGCGUCUCUCUGUGUCCUCGCGUCAGGCUGGUACUCGGACAAGUAUAAGCAGAGGACGUUGUCGACUGUCAUUCCUUCCGUGGUCGCUUUCGCCGGUCUCCUCAUUUGCGUCUUGACGGUUACGCACAAACACCUAGUCGCUCUCGCUUACAUCGGCGUAUGCCUAGCCGCCGGUGGUGCGUACUGUCUUACGCCAGCGUACUCUGCGUGGGCAGGAUUGAACAGCGCCGGAACUGGAAAGAGGGCGGUAGCGAUUAGUAUCAGUGUGCUUUGGGCGCAGAUUGGAGGUGUUGCGGGCAGUAACAUCUUCAUGGCGAAAGAAUCGCCUGCCUACCAUACCGGUUUCGGUACAUGUCUCGCCUUUGUCGGCUUCGGCAACAUCCUCGUUCCUUCGCUGUACUACUUCUACGUCGGAUAUGUCAACAAGCAGAGGGAGAAGUUGUCGGAGGAGGAGGUUUAUGCGAAGUGGAGAGUGUAG